CUCUGCGAAUUAUCAUCACCGUCUAACAAUGGCGACUUCAGCUGAAGAAAAUGAACAACAAAAUCAAAACCCUAAAACCCUAAACGAACCAAUCAAUAACGAAAACGAAAUGGAAAUCGAAGAAGAUGAGGAUUACGAGGAAGAAGAAGAAGAGGAGGUGAAACCAAUGAGUAAAGAAUCAAGAUUACGAGCUGAAAGAGAUAACUUGAGUGCAUUAGUGAAUAGAUUAAAGAAAGAAAAAGUAAGUUUGAGAGUUCAUGAUUUGAUCAUUAAAGGAAAUACAAAAACUAAAGAUUCAGUAAUUGAAGCCGAGAUUGAAGAGAUUUUGAAAGAGGCAAAUUCUAUGCAAGGAUUGAUACAAGCUGCUGGUAUUGCUAAUGCUCGUCUUCGUAAUCUUGAGAUAUUUGAAUCUGUGGAUAUUACUUUAGAUUCUGGUCCUUCUGAGCUUCCUGGUACUGCUAAUGUUGUUGUCAAUAUUGUUGAGACUAAGAAUCCACUUACUGGUGAUUUGGGCAUCUUUACUAAACCUGAGGCUAGAUCUUGGUCACUUGAAGGAUCACUCAAGUUGAAGAAUUUACUUGGGUAUGCUGAUAUUUGGGAUGGGUCUGUUGCAUAUGGUUGGGAUCAGGCAUCAGAGAUAAGUGCUGGAAUUGCUUUGCCUAGAUUUAGAGGUCUAAAGAACCCUGUAACAGCUCGUGCGAUGCUACUUUCCCAAGAUUGGUUGAAGUUCUCAUCUUACAAAGAGAGAAUGAUGGGUAUAUCAUUGGGAUUAAUUUCGACAAGGAACCACAACUUGGCUUACAACCUUACAUGGCGUAAUUUAACAGAUCCAACUCAAAUGUGUUCCAAAUCAAUUAGGGGACAACUUGGACAUAGUCUACUUUCAGCUCUCAAGUAUACAUUUAAAAUUGACAUGCGAGAUUCACCUCUCAGGCCGACUCGAGGAUAUGCUUUCGCUUCAACUUCUCAUAUUGGUGGCCUUUCACCUGAUAGUCGAAGCUUGCGAUUUUUGCGCCAGGACUUUGAUUUUCGUUAUGCUAUUCCUCUGGGCUUCUGUAAAUCAGCACUCAACUUUGGGGUUUCUGCUGGUCUUAUAUUUCCAUGGGGAAGUGGGUUUAGAAACAUGGCUUCACCUUUACCUGAGAGAUACUACAUGGGUGGCCAUACUUCUCCAGUAAGCACUUUGGCGGGGACGACAACAUUGUUGGGGUUCAGGACAAGAGGUUUGGGUCCUUCUGAGCAGAGAAGGGUAAUUGUUGAAAAAACUGAAGGUGAAACUACGGCUGAUGCUCCAGGGAGGGAUAUCAUUGGUGGUGACCUUGCCGUUACUGCUUUUGCAGACCUUUCUUUUGAUCUCCCAUUGAAGUUGUUCAGAGAUGCUGGAAUCCAUGGUCAUAUUUUUGCUUGUACCGGAAGUCUCAAUAAACUUACAGAGAACGAGUAUAAAAAUCUCUCAUUUCAGAAAUUCAAGGAUUCAUUCCGGAGCUCUGCAGGUGUUGGGGUCAUUAUCCCGACCAAGCUGUUACGCGUAGAGGUUAACUACUGUUACAUACUGAAACAACUUGAGCACGACCAUGGUAAGACCGGCGUGCAGUUCAGUUUUUCAUCUCCCAUAUAGAAAGGAGUACUGAAAUUACCCCAACUUCCAUUCUUAACUUGAGGUCAACUCUGAGAGCUCAUCAUGGAGAAGUUUUUUUGAUUAUUCUUAGCAGCUUAGUUUACUCUUUCGACCUUCCCUUAAUCCCCACUUCUCAAAAUUUUAGUGCUUACAUCAUCUUGAGACAGUUUUUUCGUUGGAAAAUGUGGGAUAUUAAAGCUUUGCUUAUGCUGUUAUGCAUUAACAGAGCCCAUAAUAAUACAGCAAAUAGAGGAAGGAACAUGGCUUUUUUUUUGGUGUAUGACUUCUGGGUGUUUCUUGAGCGAAUGCAACUAGCGGGUUGCUUGUUUUCUUCCGA